AUGACCCAUAUCGUCCCGCCCCACGAGGACCUCGGCCUCGCGCCCGCCACCUCCUUCCACCCCCCGCCGAUGGAUCCCGCCCUUCAUCAGCAACAGCCGCAGCAGUUGCCCCCACCGCACGACGGCGCCGCCAGCGCGGGCCCAUUCCCACCAGGCCCGGCGUCGAAGAAACGCAGAAAGGCGACGACCGAGGACGGCAGCGAACCGCACACACCCGCCGAGCCCCGCCGCCUGCGGCGCUCGCACGAAGCCUGCGCCCGAUGCAGGAGCAAGAAAAUCAAGGCAAGUGCCGUGACCCGCCCCUCGUGCGACUCGAAGCACCCCCGCUGCACCGCGUGCGCCACCGCCGGCACCGUCUGCCACCAAGAGGACCGCCAUCGUCAGACGCUCACCCCCCGCGGCCACACCGAGCGCAUCGAGCGCCAGCUCCUCCAGUGCGACGCCCUCCUCAAGCGCCACAUCCCCGGCUUUUCUCUCGACGCGCUCGACGAGAUCAUCGCCGCUCAGGGCAUCAAGAUCGAGCCCGAGGCGUACCAGAACCCGGCCCAAUACCUCGCUGCCAACUCCACUUUCCAGUUUGGCCCCUUCGCGCACGCGCCGCCCUCUGGCUUGAACCCGUUCCCGUAUGUUAAGACCGAGGACGUCAAGCCUCCCGUUGGGCAGGCGUACACACAAGGUGGACCGUCGUCGCCUGUCGCCCAAGGCUACCCGCCCAACGCCAGCCCCUCGUACGGACCCGGCUACCCAAUGGGUCACCAUUAUGCCAUGGGAAACCAAUAUCCCUCUCAAAGUCCAGCCCAAGCUGGUCGUCCAAUUGGCCCCGCCGACCAGGAAGUCCGCGGGCAGGACCCGCAGAACUACGACAUAUCCAACACCCAGGCCCUCGCCAAAUCUUUCGGCGUUUCACCCUCCCUCAUGACCGACAUCAAGCUCGUUCGCCCCGGUCAAGACGACAGGGAAGACCUGGCGGUCGGCUCCUCCGGCCUCUCCUCCGGGCGCGACCGCUCCAUCUCGGAGGCCGCCCUGCCUCCUCGCGACCCCGCCAAAUGGGUAUCCGUCGCCAUGCGCCGCCGCGACUCCCUCGCCGCACCUCCCCCUCCGAACGCCCAACCAUACGCGCCCCCUCAGAACUCGGUUGCCAUCUGGCUGCCCCGAGACCGCGCGAUGGUCCGCCGAAUCCUCGACGUCUACUUCGACAGGCUCAACUACCACCGGCCCGUGUACCCUCGGCGUGAAUUCGAGGCGACCCUCGAAGCGCUCUACGAAGGACAGAACGUGGCGCACGAUCCGGGCCUCGUCUGCUCGUUCUACCUCAUGCUCGCCCUCGGCACGCUCUCCGAGCUCAACCAGCUCAAUCACAUCCGCGACAACAACGGCAAUGGGAACGGCAUGGGUGUGAAUGGGCACAACGGCAAUGGCAAUGGGAACGGCAAACUGCAUAACCUUGGGCUGCCUGCCGAUUGGCCGGAGCAUGAGGAGUUCUUUGAACGCGCUCUGGCGGUGAAGCCUGAACUUCGGGUCACGCUGAGCAGCUUGCAGGCCCUCAUCCUUCUGCACUGGUACCUAUACACAGAGCGCCAAGGCAGGACAUUGUGGCGCCUCGUUGGCUCGCUCGUCCGACUUGGCAUCGAGCUUGGUUUGCACCACGACCCGACGCUGCAGCACGACACGUUCUCCGAGGAAGAGUGUCAGUUGCGAAUCCGGCUCUGGGGCAUCGUGAUGAUGCACGACCGCGGAACGUCCCUCCUGCUCGGCCGUCCUCUUGCGAUCGCUCCUUUCGACUCGAACACUCCCCGGCCGUCGCGCCCGAAGAAGGGUCAGCUGUUGGACGACUUCUCGGAACACUUCCUGCUCUCGCACCCGAUCGUCGAGAUCCAGGCGGACAUCAUCAAUUCCCUCUACACGCCCACUCGCCAGACGGGCGACGCCAUCAUGCGCCACGCCACGCGCAUCAUGAAGAGCAUGGCCGAAGUCCGCCGUCAGCUGCCGGAGCACUACAAGUGGUACUUUUCCGGCACCGAGGACUGGCCGCUCGACCGUCGGAGCAAGCUCGUGCAGGACAUCACCGAGGACCAGGGCCUGACGCUGCUCAAGAUCGGGAUCACGCGCAUCCUCCUCCUUCGCGCCCUCUUCUCCUCCAAGGAGCUCCAGUACCCGCAGCGCCACCGUGCGCUCCUCGACGCGAUCGUCACCUCGCACAACAUCAUCAUCGUCCACAACCAGCUCAUCCGCUUCCCCGAUGCGACGUUCUUCGUGUCCCACAUCCCGCUCCACAUCGCGGCGAUGGUCAUCCUCUACGGCCACAUGUCGCGGUGCGAACGCCUCCCGCGCCAGGUCGCGCUCGAGGACGUCUGGAUGGCGCUCGACAUGCUCCCCCGCUUCCGCUGGCGCUGGGACGCGAAGGCGGACCUCACCGGCGGCCACCCGCUCAUCGCCAAGCUCGCCGAGCGCGUGCUCAACGUGAACCUGCACCAGGUGGGCCCGCCGAGCCAGCCGGUGCUCAUCAGCGAGGACGAGUACGAGCCGGGGAUGAUGAGCCCCACACAGGCCGCGGGCGGCGGUGGCGUCGCGCAAGGCGGCGUCAGCGGGCCCGGAGUGCCGGGGCAGAGCCCGAUGCAAGGUGGCUCGGCACCCCAGACGCCGCACAUGGCGUACGGGCCCGCGCCGUACGGCGGGCACCACGGGCAUGUCGUCGCGGGCGGACCUCCCGGCGGCGAUCAUAUGAACCGUGGGCAACCGCUGACGCCGAAGGAGGGCAAGCUGGCCGAGGUGGAUAACGCGCUGUUUUACCCGUUCCUGCCCGAGCAGGCGCAGACUAUCGGCACCAACGGGCACGGCGGCGCGGGUGCGCACAGCAUGGCAGGCCAGGAUUAUUCGCGCCUGUUGGCGGAGGUGCAGCAUCCCGCUGGUCCGUACGGGUACGCGCAGAGCCAAGAGGCGUAUAUGUUAGAGGAAAAGGACGUCAGCGCAGCGCCGACUAUGUGGAUGGCGCAUGAACAGAAGUACGAUCCGAGGGCUAUCCCACAGUCGCAUGGCAUGCACUCCUGAACAGUUACAAGUAUCGGCACAGUUAUUGACCUCUCCCACCUCUGUCCUCACAUCGGUUAUAAUCUUGCGAAUUACCUUCUCCGUUGUCAUUAGAUCCUCCCUCUCGCUGGUCGCGGCUAUACAGUGCACCUCGUCUCGCUGUACUAUGUGCUCCCGUCGCUCGACCCCCGCGUAUAUACUCCCGAUUAUGUGUUAAGCUAUCGUUGUUGUAACGAAUAUCAACUGGGUGCGGCGAACUGCAUAUAUAUU